AUGCCAAAUUGGAAGGAUUGGAUUUCCUUUGAAGGCAUAAAUUUAGCAUUUCCAAAACUUAGAACUAUGCAGUUAAGUAAUUGUCCUGAACUAAGGGGAGAUUUGCCUAGCCACCUUUCAUGCAUGGAAGAAAUUAAAAUAGGAGGUUGUUAUAAGAUAUUGGAAACACCCCAUACUUUGAAUUGGCCAUCGACAAUCAAAAGAGUAAGAAUUGAAGAAGAUAGUUAUGCUCAACAUGCAGCUGCAGAAAGUUACCCAAUGUUUAUAUCUAAAAUGAUCACGAGUAGUAUUUGUCUUACUCACUUUGAACUCUAUUGUAUUCAGUCUCUCACUGCAUUUCCCACAAAUGGUCUACCUACUUCAUUGCAGUCACUUUAUAUUGAUGGGUGUAGGAAGUUAUCCUUCAUGCCUUUCGAAACAUUUCAAAAUUACACGUCACUCGUGAAUCUUGCUAUAUGGAAUAGCUGUGAUUCACUUACAUCAUUUCCACUUGAUGGUUUCCCCGCGCUCCAAACACUUACCGUUAAAGGUUGCACGAGUAUGAAUUCCAUUUAUAUUUCCGAAAGUCCUUCACGUCGACAGUCAACCCUCCGAUCACUUACAAUCGGAUCUCAUGACUCAGAUGAAACACUUAAACUCAAUCUUGGGUUGGACACGCUCACCAAUCUUGAACAUUUGUAUUUUCGGUGUUAUGGAGAGUUGUCAUUUUGUGAAGGAGUUUGUCUACCCUCCAAAUUACAAUCAAUUGAGAUUUCUUUUAAAGGAACAAAUCUGCAUGCAAAGGAAUGGGGUCUCCAAGACCUAACCGCUCUUUCAAGAUUGGCAAUUCGAGAAAGGGGUGAAAUGGAAAACACCUUGACGAUGGAAUCUUGUGAGAAAAGUCUUGAUAAAUGA